AUGGAUCCCACCAACAUCUUUGAUACCCAGUUCGUCGUCGACAAGAUCGACCCCGAUGGCAAGAAGUUUGACCGAGUUUCUCGCAUCAUCGCGACGUCGCCGUCGCUCGACAUGAACCUCUCGAUCGACAUUGCGACCGACAUCUGGCCCGUUUCCGAGGGGCAACAGCUCACGUUCCAGCUCGCAUCAACGCUCAGAAAAGACUCGGCCAUCAAGUCGACUGGACAGGAAGGCGAGGGCAACCAAGACGCCUCGGCCGUGGCCGCGGAACGCGAUGCCUGGAGGCUCGACAUGCCUGGCAACGGUGGAAUCGCCGACGACUUUGACUAUGUCAUGUACGGCAAGAUCUACCGAUACGACGAAAAGGCCAGCGACGAGGUCACUGUGUACGGCUCGUUUGGAGGGCUAAUGAUGGCCCUCACCGGGUCCUAUCGCCAUCUGAGCGGUGUGACGGUAGGCGCCAACGUCUACCUCCUCAUGCGCUGA